GAUGAAAUAAAGUACUAGACAAGUAUAGAGUUGAAAGAGUCAGUUCAAAAUGUCACAAUUGAGACAUGCAUCAACAGGGUCAGUGGCGAAAUACGACGCAGACACUGGAACCGAACCGGACAUAUAUAUCCUCGGACAAGAUCGAGAAAGCGAUUGUAUGGAGGCAUUAUAAUGGCGGUCUGAGGAGAAAAGAGCAGCAGGGCACCUUAAAACCACAUGGCAAAGAACCAUUGACAAGGAGAAGAGAAGGGUGGAGAAACUGGAAUGAGACCAGAACAGUGACAUAAAGCAACUGGUUGGAGAAAUCGUGUUGGAGAUAUCUAACUAACUAACUUACUUACUAACUAGAGCGGGGUAAAUGGUAUCGACUAACUCUACCUCUCAAAAUUGCUGAGAUUGUGCCUAAAUUAGAAACAAUUAUUAUUAGAGAAAUCAACGACAGAAUCGGUUGCGCACUGAGCGAAAUCCUUUGUGGAAUUCUUGAUAGUUUCUCGAUUUAUAACUCUCCCUUCAAAAUACAAGGCCCUGUACUUCUGCUAGAAAUUAUGAUUAUAUUGUUUUCCAGUCGAUAUGCCACACUUAACACCCCAUCAGUUGUCUUGUUCACCUACAUGGUGUUAUUUCCUUACCAGUACACAUACAGCCAGUCAGUAUUAAAUAAUGGCAUAAAAACAAUAAUUUUUCUUAAUUCAACUUGGACCGACUAUGAGAUUUCCUCGUGGAAUUUGACAGACGACAACGUCAGCAACAAAAGUAGAACUCCUUUAUCAUCGCACGUCAUUGUAAAUUCAAAAUCAGAGAUGGUUACUACGGAAGAAAACAGUACCUCACAAACCGUACCCUUGUCUGAGAUGUGUAAGAUCGCAGAAGAAUAUAGCAACUGGAAUUUUGAGUAUAAGUAUUCAGUUGAGUAUUUAAAGGAAGUAGUUUGCAAAUGCUACGGAGCCUGUAAUAUGGUAAAACCGGAUAUGGAUCAUAUAAAGAAACUAAAAGAGGAAUAUGAGAAUCCAUUAGCUCCACAUAACAUCGUACAAUUUCUUCUUGUCAUGUGCUCAUACUCUUUCCUGCUGUUGAUUGGCUUCAUAGGUAAUAUGACAACUAUUUGCGGUCUUAUUUUUUGGGUGAAAUCAAAAGCACCAACAAUAUAUUUCAUUUUAAGUUUAACAUCAGCUGACCUCAUUCUUGUAGUGGUUUGUAUCCCUAUUAAGCUUGCUGAAACAUUGAAAGCUGUGAACAAUUUGGCAGAUGCCGUUUGUAAGCUGAUGUACUAUAUACGGGAUUUCACCUUUGUCUUCUCCAUUAUCACAAUGUGCGUUAUAAGCCUGGAAAGAUAUUAUGCCAUAUGCCAUCCUCUUAAAGCUCAAUACAAAUGUACCAAGAAACGGUCGAUCAUCAUCAUCGUUAUGAUUUGGUGUCUGUCCUUCGUUUUGGCAUCACCAACACUCGUUGCUAUGAAAACUUACCUAUCAAAUGUAAACAUACUCGAUGGCUAUCAAUGUCGCCAGAACUUCGAAAAAGACGUACACUUAUACGCGUUUUUUGCUUAUUACUUGGGCAUUCUCUUCUUCCUCCCUUUUCUGGUGAUGGUGUUUGCCUACAGUAGCAGUUGUCACUCCCUGUGGAAGAGUGCACAAACAUCACAAGUGUUGCAAGGCAUUCAAACCGUCAGUGCCGGCGCUGAAGAAACAACGCAAAAUACAAAGAAAGGAAAUGAUUACAAGGGAAGAAUGAAGGUGAUCAAGAUGAUGAUUUUAAUACUUGUAUCAUUCAUAAUAUUCUGGGGACCGUCGAUGGUGUACCGAAUAAUUAUGGUGAAAACAUCCAAAAAUAGGCGGCUACUUAUUCAAAUCUUUGACGGCCUUGUUGUAGUGAACAGCUGUACAAACCCAUACAUUUUCAUGACCAUGUCAUCUCAAUUCAAGACAGCUGCUAUUAAAGCUUGUUCUUAUGGACUGCGAUUCUUCAAGCCUUGCUGCAACAUUAAAGAUUACGCAAGUCAACGUAAAUUUAAUAUGUCACGUGAUUAUUCAUCGGAAAUCUCUUUAUCAACAAGUCGUAGUUCAAUAUCAAGAACUGCCAGUGAAUAUUACUAGAUAUCAUAUACAACACCCUAUUAAGUUGGAUAUCGUAUAUAUAGUCUAUGCCAUCUGAGAAUGUUAUUAUUCAUUAUAUACAAACUGACCAUAAGAUAAUUAAUGCGAGACAUCAUGCAGAAGUACAACCAUAAACAAGUAUUGCGAUGAAAAAUAUAAAACUCUAGUCAUAUAUUUGUGUAUUACGCACAAACUAGAUCAUAAAAUAAUCACAGCCACGGCGAAAGAAUAAACAUUACUAAAUACCAUAUUAAUGCACAGACUUAAAUAAAUUUACACGACGGGUUCUAUACAGUUUCCGACUACCCAGUUUCACUCACAAGGUAUAGGUCUAUCCGAGAUGUCACGUAGCGACAUCGAACCUGAAACCUCAUGGUUCCAAAUAAAACUUUUAAACCUUUGGCUAAAUAGCACCUGUAUAUGUUUGAAUGUGUGUGCGUAUACAAAGGAAUGCAUGUGUGUACGUCUAUAUAUAUAUAUAUAUAUAUAUAUAUAUAUAUAUAUAUAUAUAUAUACAUGCAUAUAUUAAUGUGUGUGUAUGUAUAUUUGUAUGCGUGUAUGUAUGUAUGUAUGUAUUGUGUAAGUAAAAUGAACAGAAAAGAGGACAACACAGGAGGAACAAAAUAUUAGCUAAACAAGAAAGUGUUUUAACGUUUCAGGAGUUGGUACUUCAUCAAGAGAAACAAAGAGCAUAGGGGAAGUGAAAAGAGAAAUAGUCAAUUAGAGGGAAAUCGGGCGGAGUGUUAGAAACCACGUGGGAAUGCUGUUCUAUAGGGGACGUUAAGAAGGUUGGAAGGGCUGGGUAUACAGACAUAGGUAUGCAAGGUGGACACAAAAGUACUGUUUUAGUGUGCUCUAUAGGUGUUGAGAUUAGAAAGUGUAGAAGUAUAACUGUAGAAGUUAGUGAAGUUGUAAGGUAUUGGUAUUUGUGUAAUAUUUAGGUGAGGGAGAAAUAAAAGCGCAUUUAUGAGAAAGUAAAACGAGAGGGAGUUUGAGGAUUAAAUAGAUAUUGGUGAAGCAAAUGGGACAUAAAGGGUUUGACUGAUAUCUAUGCAACUGUAUGACAAAAUUACAUGGGUGUAUGAAACUUUUAAAACAAGUAUGGGCCGUUUAAACUAAGUUAUGAGAAAAGGAGAAAGUGUGUAAAUGCUGUGAAGAGAAAGAAAGUUAAAGAAAUUGGUAAAAAUUACAUAAACUUAAUAAAAUGUCCGGAGAAUUUGGCAGAGUUCCGAAGUUGAUAAGAAUCUGUUAUGAUCUACAAGUAAGAGGGAUAUGAAGUCGCUUGGUCUGGACAUCCUGAGAUGGGAGGAGGUUGCAAAUGAUCGCCCACAUUGGAGGCAAAUAUUGAGAAAGGGAAUGAAGAGAGCGGAAGAAAAACAAGAACUCGCCAUAACAGUAAAAUAUAGAAGUUCGGACAUUACUUAUGGGAUGACCUGGUAUAUAUAUAUAUAUAUAU